UUCCUCCCUCUUUCCACCACCGUUCUCUCUCUAUCUCCUCACCUGCUCCUCUCACCUUCUUUAUCUAUCUUCUGUACGUCUCUUUCCUUCCUCUUCUUCACUCUCUCUCUCUGGCCAUGAGGCUCAUCAAGAUCACCUCCAAGGCCCUCAGGCUCGGCAGCCCUAAGCACCUGUUCGGGUCUCGGAAGGGCCGCUCCGUCGCGUCCCGCUCCAACCCGCCGUCCUUCGGCUCCGGCACCACCGCCUCCUCCCUCUCCUCCGACGACUCCUCCCCCUCCGUCCACAAGCGCGAGUCCCUGACCCCGACCAGCGUGCUUGGCGGCGGGGGUUGGAGGGGCGACCCGGAGCUCUCCCGCGCGUUCGGGCUCAUCGACCGGGACGGCGACGGGGUCGUGUCGCGGAAGGAGCUGGAGGCCCUCCUCAGCCGGCUCGGCAGCCGGGACGAGGUGGCGGUGAUGCUGAGCGAGGUGGGGUGCCACGGCGAGGGGGAGGACGCCGCCGUGAGCAUCGAGGAGCUGCUGAGCCGGGUGGGCUCGGCGUGCGCGCCGGCCUGCGACGACGCGGAGCUGCGGGAGACGUUCGAGUUCUUCGACGCGGACCACGACGGGCGGAUCACGGCGGAGGAGCUCCUCGGGGUGUUCAAGGCGCUCGGGGACGAGCGGUGCACCCUAGAGGAGUGCAGGCGCAUGAUCGCGGAGGUGGACAAGAACGGGGACGGGUUCGUGUGCUUCGAGGACUUCGCUCAGAUGAUGGAACUGCAGAGAUGAAGAUGAUGACUUAUCACUACUCAUUCAAUGCCGUAUUAUACAGUGAUAAUGCUCUGAAGUCAGUAGUUGUCUGCACCUGAUGAUCCUACCGUGCGCCGUUGUGAUUUUCGCCUUCUUUUUUUUUUUUUUGGUGCUUGUUUGUCUCGGAAAUGGUAACUCGGGCGGGUGACAAGGGCCGAGAUCUUGGCAAAGGAAGAGAUCAACGGCCGGGAUUGUUUUGUGAUGGGAGGAAUUUGUCAUUUUGUCUCUCUCUCUCUCUGCCGUACAUAUACGAGUGACGAAAUCAAACUUGAACUCUGUUUUCUCGUC